AUGGCUAGGAAAAAGCGUGCAAGAAGCCGAAAUUUCUCACAACAAGUUUGUAAUAAGAUGAAACGUGCGAAAGGAGAGGAAUAUAAAUCAAGAAAUGGUGAAAUAAAAAGUGCAAAGGUAUUUCAACACGUUGAUUGUGGAUGUGGAUUAAAGUGUUUUUUAAGGGUAUCGUUUGAUGAGCGUAAAGCUUUGUUUGAGGAGUUUCAUAAGAUUGGUGAUGUAACAAACCAAAAAUUGUUUAUUCUUGGAAUGACAACUUUGCAAGAAAUUGUUCGUAAACAAGGAAAAAAUAUAAGAAAAAGAACUGGAAAUGUUCUUUAUGUUUUACGUUCAGUUAUCCCGGAUAGUACACUAAAAGAAAAGGUUUGCUUGACUUUUUUUUCCAACACUUUUAUGGUGAAUACGCGAACGAUUCAGCGUUGGUCGAAAAUUCGACAACCAUCAAAAUUAAUCCACCAGAACCGUGGAAAACCCUCUUCUCGCAAAAUUGAUUACCCUGACGUCAUGGAAUUUAUUAAUAGCUAUGAGCUAUAUGAAUCUCAUUAUUGUCGUGCUAAACAUGAAAAUAAGAAAUAUCUUCCUCCAAAUUAUACUAUCAGACGUUUUUAUGAAGACUAUACGUCACAUUGCAAUUUGAAAGGAAAAGUUCCAACUGUUACAGAAGAAAAGUUUUAUGAUAUUAUACAAUAUGAAACUGAGAUAUCGAUCCAUGUACCUUUGCAAGAUACCUGUGCCAGUUGUGAUAAAUUGAAAGUCCAAAUUCAACACGCGAAAGAUGCAGGCAAGCGGAAUAAGUUAAACGCUCAAAAAAAAGAACAUUUGACAGAUGUAGACAUUGUAAAGCAUCAAUUUGAUUUAGAUAAAGAAAAGGCAGAUGAUGAAUAUUUUGUAUACACUUUUGAUCUUCAAAAAAUGCUAGUUCUUCCAAUAUUGUCAACAAGUGUUGCUUAUUACAAGCGAAACUUUAAUUUGUACAAUCUAGGCGUCCACCCUUUUCCAAAAAAUGAGGACACAAGUAUGUUCGUCUGGUCUGAAGUAGAAGGAUCAAAAGGUGCAGAAGAAAUACCGAGCUGUUUGAUUAAAUUUUUAAAGGAACACGCGGCUUCAGCUUCACACAUCGUUUCAUAUUCAGACCGAGCAGGAGGACAAAAUAGAAAUAUAAAAAUAGUUCUGGCAUUUUUGAGACUGCUCGCUGAUCCUACUAUGAAAGUUGAAACAAUUGACUUAAAAUAUUUAAUUUCGGGUCACUCACGAUUGCCUAACGAUCGUGAUUUUGCAUUGAUUGAACGUAAAAUUAAACAACAUAGUGCAAUUUUUCUUCCAUCGCAUUACAUUGACAUCAUUAAAAGUGCACGCAAUGAAAGCUUUAAAGUAUAUUCUAUGACACGUGAAGAUUUUCGUACAACAAAAGAACUUGAGGGCUCAAUAACCAACAGGCGAAUAUCAAAAAGUAAAACUGUGGUCAAUUGGAUGAACUUUGCGUGGAUUCGUUUGGAAAAAGAUCAUCCUUUCCAGAUAAAAUUCAAAAAAAAUUUUAUGGAUGAAGAUUUUUCAAUAAUUGACAUAACAAAGCGUGGAAACAAUCUGAAAAAUUUAUUUGAAGUUAUCCCCAGCUUAUUAUAUCCUAAUGAACGUCGUAUCACAGCUGCAAAAAAGAAAGAUCUUCUCGAUCUGCUUCCUUACAUACCGGUUGAAUAUCACAACUUUUAUGAAAAUUUGGGGUCUUUAGACAAUGAUGAAGAAUAA